AUGGAUGACAUGGCGGAAAAUCUUCUUUUCAACGUCAGCCCUGCUGCUUCUUCUGUAGCCUCCUCUCCCGAGUCGUCUGUUGACGGCGAGGUUUCCCCCGCCGCCGCCGUAAACUCCCCACCUGCUGCCGUUCUCCAGACAGUCAACAUCAAAUCCCACAUGCCUGUCGUUCUUGCGCUCGCUGAGCCCAAUUAUGAUGAAUGGCGCUGCUUCAUGGAUGCCUUCCUCGGGAAAUUCGGCCUCACCCCCCACGUCUCCUCGCCGCCAACCGUUCUCCAGCGUCGUGAUCCCGACGUGCCCGUCGUGGAUCAAUGCAUAUUGAGCCGGAUCUACAUCUCCAUCGCCAAAGAUGGCGACAUGGAGAUCACCCAAUACACCGGGCGUCUCAAGCAACUCGCCGAUGCACUCCAUGAUGUCAGCCAGCCAGUUCGUGAGAUGAGCCAAGUGCAGAACAUGCUGCGCGGUCUCAGCUCCAGGUAUCGCCAUGCCAUCCCCGCGAUCACGACGAAGCAGCCUCCCUAUACCUUCCUCUCAGCACGCUCAUACCUUCUCCUGGAGGAGCACUAUGACAAGGAACACGCCAAGACGGCGGCCCAGCAAGCCCUGCUCGCUGCUGGUGCCCCUCGCCCGCCCACCUCUGCCCCGGUCGACGGCGGUUCCAUCUCCGGCUCCAGCUCCACACCCUCCGCCCCCAUGUCCAUGGCGGUUUCCAGCAACUCGUCCUCCCGCAACGACAACCGUCGUGGUCAUGGCCGCGGACGUGGGCGCGGAGGCGCUCCUCACGGCAGUUCCGGAUCGCCGGGUCACAACCCGUGGACGAGCAUGGUCCAGGCCUGGCCCAUGCCUUUCCGGGCGCCAGGCGCCGGCGUUCUUGGUCCUCGUCCCGGCACCGCGCCUCGUCAAGCCUACUUCGCCGGUGCCGCGCCACAGUACACCGUCGCCCAGCCUCCUUCGCCGCAACCGCCGCUGGACCCGUGGAACCACCAAGCUCUUCUCACCGCGCUGAACGCGCCGCACACCUCGCCGACUGGACCCCAAGAGGCCGAAUAG